CGGUUCAGUGUAAAGGUUCUUCUCUACUUUUUUUUUUUUAAUUUUAUUUUUUUCAAAAUGUAUUUCGAAAUGCCAAAUAUAACAAAAUGUUGCUUUUGUAUACCAUUAAGAUAUGGAUUACUUGCUUGGGCUUAUUUUAAACUUGCAUGGUGCAUCUUUCUAACAACAAUGAUAUCUAUAAAAUUAGGAAUGACACUUUCAGCGAAACAUUUCUCGUUGGAAUACUCAAUACCAUUGUUGUACUGCCUAAGUCUAGUCAUUGAAUUAAUUAUCACUAUCAUUUUCAUCAUCGGAGCACAUAAGAAAAAUCCAAAGUUACUAAGGGUGUACUACAUCUAUGCAAUGGUCUUUCUUGGAAUAAUUUUCCUCCUCUGUCUCUUAGCAUUGGGUCUCGCGAUAUUCGAGUACAUAAUGCAAAUGAGAUUUUCAUAUAUACUACAAAAUAUUUACGAGACAUCGAUAUUUGGAACUGGAGUAAUAUUGUUCAAUUUGUACCUCUUGUCGUUGGUACGAAGCGAGAUUUUGAAGCUUGAAAAUAAUACACAAUUUAGCUUUCAAAAUAUUCAAAACGAGCCGACGUGUACGAUGGAAAAGAUUGAUGUUUAAAAUAAUAGUUCAUAAAAAUUAGAUUUAAAUUAAUAAACUUUAUUGUUAAAAUAAAAUUAUUUGUAUUA